AUGGAGACCUCGCGAGAACCGCGCGAUGCACGAACACAAACCAUCUUUUCUAUUUGAGGUUUCUAUAAUGGCUGAACUGAAUCUCUCAUCCAACUCACCACAAACUCCUGAACAUGAGCGAGUGGUUCCAGAAAGUCCAGCGACAGACACCGAGAAUCUGUUGAGCGCUAUCAGUGCACUGUCUCGUCAGAUAGCACAGAUGGAGCAGAAGCUGGAGCAGAAGCUGGACCAGUAUCUGGCCUUGUCAGAGGUGAGGGAGCAGAGGUUGCAGCAGAGGAUGGCCGCCAUGGAAGCCAAACUAAAGCGCUUUUCCAGCGGGGAGGCGGUGAAGCGGAAAAGACGAGUGCACUGUCCCAGAAUUGCGGAAACGGUUCGUAGACUUCAUAACUCUGAAGGAAACACCAUGCGUUAUGAACCGGAACAAGGGCUGAGCUCGCCUCGCAAUGAGGCAGUCACCACAUAUUUAGUUAAAAGUCUGGCUGCAAGUCCAGAUUUGGAAUUUGUGGAAACAGACGUCUUUUUAUCCGCCUGUAAAACAUAUUUCGAGACACUACGGAGGAACUACCGCUACAGUCAACCCGACAUGGCAGAUCAGGCAGAAGCCUUGAAGUCUUCUGCCCGGAGUCGCCAGAGAAGAAAGAGACUGCUGGAUGCCAGGAAGACGGUCCUUGCUCCAGAUGAAAUGGACUUAUGGAAGGGCAUCACCAUUGACAUGAUGUCAGAUGAGGAGGACGGCAGCGUUGACGGGGUGUGUGGAUGGAUAGUACGGCCUCCAUCCUUCCGCAGCCAGGAGCUAGCAGACCUGUGUGCUGCCCUACAGGCAAGGCUUGAUGCUGACAUGAAGUACACUUCUACACAUCGCAAACGUCUUCAAUGUGGAGAACCAUCCGAUAGAACGAUGCCAAAUAAAUAUGACCCAGCGGCAGCAAAGAGGCAUUUUAAGCCUGAUCUACUACUCAAGCUACUGGCCAGUAGCUGGGAGUGAUGCCCCAGUCCAGGGAAAUUUACCACAACUUGCCCUUUUUUUCCCCAAAUAUUUGUUUUGAAACGUAUAUAUACAUACAUACACACAGUCAGCCAAAAUAGUGUAUACACACAUCAGGAAAAGAAAAGCUUCCAUAAAUAUUUCAAUACCAAAUAUAUUUAGACAUCACAAGAUUAAUACAAAUUACCUUUGGUCUCUACAAUUAGAAGAGGUGCUCCAAGUGGUGGCCAUUGGCUUCCAGACAUUUAUGUAAACAGUAAACUACUGCUCGGGUAAUGUUGGACGAAGUGUCCAAUGGGAUUGCUGCACAUGCAUUUUCACUUUCUUGUCACAGUGUCAUCAUCCAUUCUCUAUACACCACUUUAUCCUCAUUAGGGUCGCUGGGGGUGCUGGAGCCUAUCCCAGCUGACUCAGGUGAGGGCAGGGGACACCCUGGACAGGUCGCCAGUCUGUCACAGGGCUACAUAUACAGACAAACUAUCACACUCAAAUUCACACCUACGGGCAAUUUAGAGUAACCAAUUAACCUCAGCAUAUUUUUGGACUGUGGAAGGAAGCCGGAGUACCUGGAGAAAACCCACGCAUGCACAGGGAGAACAUGCAAACUCCAUGCAGAAAGAUCCCAGACUUAGGCCGGGAUUUGAACCAGGGGUCUUCUUACUGCAAGGUGAAAGUGCUAACCAUUACUCCACUGUGCAGCCCCCAGUGUCAUCAUAAUUUGAUCAAACUUUGAAAGAUCUAUCUAUCUAUACAAAUUAAAUAUUUAGGCAAGUUUUUCUUUUCCUGAUGUGUGUAUGCAUAUAUGUGUAUGUAUGUAGGUGUAUAGUUAAAUUUUCAUUAUAUUUCAUGAAAACAAAACUUCCUUUAAAGAACGAUUUCAGUAUCUUGUUUUAGUUUUGAGAACAUUGUAUCUAUACUGUUUUUCAAUAAAGCUCUCAUUUUUCAA